AUGGAAGGAAUGACUGUGUAUAAUCUUAUUUUGUUGAUUUUAUUUGUGACUUUUGCAAAGUGUCAUGAUUAUCAGCAACAACAAACUCAUAAUUACGGUGUAAAGGGGCAAACAGGACACAACAUUAAAUCGUAUGGAGGAUAUUUUCCUGAUACAUCAGGAUAUAAUGAAGCUGCAAAUAAUUUUGUAAAUACACAAAAUUAUUUUCGUCCACCUAUAGCGCCUUAUCAUCCAUACGGUUGGAACUUUAAUCAACCAACACGAACUUAUGGUGGAGUUAACGUCGCAAGUCAUAACUCAGAAAACAAUCCACAGCAAAAUCAACAACAAACACCCGAUAAUCGUAUUGGAUGGGCAAAUAAUAACAAUUAUGCUGGACUUAAUCCCAAUCCUUUAUUCCCAAACCUGCCACAACAGCCAAACUUAUUUGUUCCGAAUUUUUAUCCUCAAUUUCCCUUUCCUCCGUUUCCAAACAUGUUUUCAUAUCCGAACAACUAUCCCAAAGCUUAUCCAAACUAUCCAACUGGUCCACAUAUAAAUAAUAAUAACAAUCAAGGAAAUGGUUUUAUACAACCGCCUCAAGGACCACUUCCUUAUCCACAACCGAAUAUAAAUCAAGGCUUUCCAACUAUUAACAGAGAAAAUAGUGAAAACACACCUAAUCAUGGACAAGUACCUCAAACAAAUAUACAUCAAAGCAUUCCCGAAGGAAAUAUUAAUCGAAGACCUGAUCCAAACUUAAAUCAUGUUACAUCGACAGAAAGAAUUCAAAAUAAAGCUGGUGGACCAACAACUGUCAAGCCACUUCCAACAACCAUCGUUAAUACCAUUUUUAGUGAAGAUGAAAGCACUGAAGGUGUUGACUAUCAAUUUCCUCAAAAUCCUGAUUUCUCGAAGCCCAAUGUAUUAAACAAUUCCUCGGGAAUUGACAUUCGUACCACUGGAUUAAAGCCAAAUGUCAAUAAUACAAAAUUUCCUGGAUCUGAUUUAGAUAAGGAUAAAGGUUUUGCAUCAAAUUCCUUUUUUGAUAAUAAUGAUCAAAGGCAAUGGACAAAGGAUGAUGAACUAAAAUGGCUUGCUACUACAAAAGCUCCAUAUUUUGAAAAUAAAGUACCUGGAUUGGAAUGUACAUUGCCAGCUGCUGCAGUUUUAGGAGCCAAAAAUGCAUUUAAAGUUUCAACACUUUUACCUUUAGAUGUACCACCAGGAAAACCUCUUUUAUCAUGUAAUGCAACUGAUUUGCUACAAAGUCAAAUUCUUUUGGAUGGAAUGACUUAUGAUUGUAGUAACAGUGAAAUCACACUUUCUUGCUUAACACAUGGAGGUUUAAUAGAUGAAUGUGAAGGUCAAACCUUACAAUGCGAUACUGAUAACUUAAAUGUAGACAAAGUUUGGUGCACAAAUGGAACAUUAGUCAGUAGCUCUGAUGUUGAGUGCAGAAAUGCUUUUGUUGAAGCACAUAAAAGCACUCUAAAUUGCUUUUUUAAGCAAACCAGAAUUUCCAGCACUCAAACGACUCAACGUCCUACAAUUGUUAAUGUGCUUCCUGUUGUUCCACUUCCAACUCCUGAAAGUAACACAGAGAUUGACAAUAGAAAUAAAGACGAAGAUUUUGAUUAUGGUAAUAUUGACGAACAAAGUGAAGAACCGCAAGAUUUAAUGCCUCAAGUUAAAAAUGCAAUGAAAAACGUUUUUCCUCACGAUCUAUUAACAAUGCCUUCAACAGGAUAUUUGCCUCCAAAAUCGUCAAUGCAACCCCUUAAUCCUAAUCUUAAAACUCAUAUUAAUAGUGUUUUUAACACUGACAUGCUAGCCUCAUCAAAAAAUCCGUAUGACUUUUCAAAUGUGAGAGAUCAGAUUAGUUCAAAUUGGAAUAUCAACUCAAACAUCAAAACACGUGGAAAUGAUGUGGUUAAAACAAAGCCAGCUUCUACAGUCAAUAGAUUUGGAAGUGAAAAUAAUCAGCAGCGACCCAAUCUUCGUGAUCGACUAAUAUUUACAGACUAA